UAAGGCCCUGCAUCCCAGACGCCCCCACUAAAAAUCCGCGGUAAUUUUAACAUCCCAUUGGUUUAAGCAAUCACGUCCCCAUAAAUUAGACUCAGCAUUAGUAACACAAGGUCUGAUGUUCGCUUGUUGGCCUUCCGGAUGUGGUACAGUGAUCAUAAUAGCAGAUAAAGCACCAGCAGUUGACCCACCUAACCCAACACCUCCAAAGGCUGAUUGAGUGAGGCCAAACAAGCUGUGAAAUUAUAGUUACAUCUGCUCCUGUGCCAAGUAAACCUGAUCUAGCUGUAGUUUCUGGAUGACAUCCCUUAGCAGUGACCAAACAUUGAAUUACCAGACACUCAUCUGUCACCUUCUGAGUCCAAAGAACCUGAGGUGGUCCUGUAGAUCCAAAACCUCCAGUGCCACAACUCCGAUCCACUAUACCUGGAACAGAACUCAUGGUAAGAGCCUGAAUGGGAGAUGCAGGACUCCAGGCAGCUCUCCAAAAUGCAGUUUGUUACAUCCAAGACAUUACAGCAGUCCAGGUUGUGGGUGACAGAGCCUGUGCAUGCAGGUGUCAGCUGUGUCAGCUCCAGCUGCAGGCAGGCCUGGAGACCUGUGUCCCUCAUUCAGGCUCUGACUGAUGGUGCCGCACGUUGGGCGCCACUGUAAGAGCCUGAAGGAGAGAUGUGGGAAUCCAGCAGCUCUACAAAAUGCAGUUUCUUCCAUCCAAGAGGUUACAGCAGCCCGGGGUCGUGGGUGAAAGAGCCUGUGCCCUCAGCUGUCAGCUCCAGCUGCAGGCAGGCCUGGAGACCCUUAGUUUAGGUUACAAUGCAUUAUAUACUUUUCUUUGCUGAGCAUCUUAAUACAGCAGAACCAAUCUAUACCUUAACUUUUAUCGGUAGCCUUUCAUAACUACUGAUUUACCAUAUUCAUGGUGCUAUUCUCCAAUCACUAAAAGUUAGUACAUUACAAUUUAAGCUAGAAGUUGGUUUUCAGUUUUCUUGCAGUGGAAAAUUCUGAGACCUUUUUUUCUACUUGCAACAUCUGCUGACUUGUUUGCCUGUGGAAUCUUUCUGCUUGGUAAAAACAUCUUCUGGUUUGAGGUGGGUUUAUCCUUUGCUCUGAGUCAUAAAAACCCCUUCUAACUAACAUACCCUUUGCCUCCUUGGUUAUCCAGUAAGACUCAGCAAUUCUUCUAUAUCAAAACUUGCUUCCAUCUCUAUUCUUUCUUCAGGUUUUACAUUUAAAAAUCUUUCUGCUAAGCAUCCGUAUCUGUGGGACUUUCUUGUCAAACUUUCACCCUUCCCAACACAGGGAAAUUGAAUUGUGGAAUAACUCACAUUGGAAGAGUGUCCCUUGCAACAGAGCCUUCAACUGCAUGAAAUGUGGCUUCACUUAAAGCUGUUCUGAUUGCUUCUGUUAAUCCACCUGCCUGUGGUCUCUGGAGUGUGGAAGCAUCUUAAAUAAUUGUAAUUUUCUCAGCUUUAAUUAAAAUUAAGUUUUAAAUUUCAAUUUAAGUAAUUGUAAUUUGCUCAGCUGUGCAGCAGAAGGUGCUGCAGGGGUCUCUGAAGCAGUCAGAGCCUCCACCCAGGGUGGUGAUCACUGCAUUUUUGCACAAGAAUCGGCCUGGGCACAGCAGGAUCUGCUCAUCUCUAGGGCUGCCCCGAGUCCCCACCUGGAAAGCUCCCAAACAUUUCAGUCCCACUCUUAAUUUCGAAUGUGACUCAUUUUUGCUCAUUUUGGAGUUGGUUCAUUUGGAGGGCUCUCGACUGAACUCAGUCACUUGGUUUCAAGUUGAUGGCCUGUCUCAGACCAGUCUCUCCUCUGCUCUGUGUGGACAAUGAGGUGGGAGAGUCCUUGGGCCACCCAGGGGACCGGUGACUUCAGUGCUCUGGUUGCACAUCAACAGAGCUUUGUUUCACUGCUUCAGACCCUCCCUCUCCUCUUCUCCCCAGGCAUUUUAAAAAUUCCUAUUUUCAAAGUCAUCUGCCUCGCUCUUCUCCAUGUCUAAAAGCAAACCAAAAAAAAAAAAAACCAACCUGAAAGGGAAAAUACCAGUUUUAAUUGCAUAUCUUUUUCUCAUGUAUCUUUUCUUAGCUGUGUAUUUUGGUUUCAAAACAGAGUAACUUAAUUACUUCAUUAAUUAGGGAUUUGAGAGUAAGGGGUUUUGAGACUUGAAAAGUAAGUUUCACCUACUCCCCUGCUGACACCCAGGAGAAUUUGUUUUCUCGAGGCUCCCUCUGUAGCCAGUGGAGACAAGAGAACAUUUGGAGGCUGGCUGCUCCCAGCUGGCACACAAAACAAAAGUUACUGAUCUCUUCCUGGCACUUUUCUCUUGCUCUGCACUCGGGUUAUUUGAUAGCAACAGCAAUGAAGGACUGCAUGGGAACAGGUGCAUUUUGGUGCAGACAGGUGACAGCUCAGAUUGUGACACUCUCUGUGGAUCCAUAAUAAAUUCCAGUCUUCAUUUAGAGUACUAAAAAACCAAGCUAUGCUUGGUCCCUAUUCUGCCCUCCCCAUUCCUUUCCUGAAGAGCCAGAGAGGGAAAAACUGUGGAAGAAAGCAGAGGGUUGCAAAAGAGAUACUUGGGAUUGCUUAUUUUGGAAUCAACAGGUCCUCAGCGACUCCUGGUCCAAAGGCAAGUACUGAAAAGUAGAAACAAGGACCUUCAAUGCACAGAUUGGAUGUAAUUUCACAGUUUAGUGUUUGUGCUGUAGGUGAGAGGUGUUUGGCACACGGGUGUGACAGAUUUUGCAGUAGGUCUGAGUGAGCCGGGACUUUCCUAGGAAUGGGGGGAAAUAGCCAAUAGCUCUUUAGAAUGCUCUGUUCUGGUGAAAGAAUUCUUCGGGGGUGUUUGGAAAAGGUAGAACACAAUAAAAUCCCUGGGGUCUCUUCCUGAAGUGGGAAACCGAACAAUCAGGGUGUGAGAAUUGUUUGAUGCACGAUCUCUGCGCUCUAUAGCAAGACUGCAGGAAAAGAAAGAAGCAGAGAAAGAGGGAUAGAAAUGUUUGUCCAGACUGUGAAAUUAUCCCACUUGUUUUUGCCAUGUUCCUGUCUCAGCAGGAUGAGCUGGAAUUCAGCAUGGGACCAGAAAAUGAAACAGCAGUUACUGAGUUCAUCCUAGAGGGUUUCCCAGAGCUUGAUCCAAGACUGCAGGUAUUCUUCUCUCUGGUCCUCCUGCUCAUGUACCUGACAACAGUGAUGGGGAAUGCAACCAUCAUUUUCCUCGUGUGUGUGGAUCACCACCUGCAAACCCCCAUGUACUUUUUCAUCAGCAACCUGGCCUUCCUGGAAAUCUGGUUUACAUCCUCCACAAGCAUCAAAUUGUUUGUGAUGCUGAGUUCUGGCCAGAACGCUCUCUCACUAAGCAGCUGCUUUGCCCAAAACUAUUUCUAUUUUGCCCUGGGCUGCACAGAGUUCAUCCUGCUCGUUGUCAUGUCCUUUGACCGCUAUGUUGCCAUCUGCCAACCUUUGCUCUACGCUGCCAUCAUGAAGCCUCAGCUCUGUGUCCACCUGGUUGUUGCUGCUUGGGUCCUCGGCUUUGGCCUGCAGAGCUACCGGCUGUUCUUCCUCUCUGAGCUGUCUUUCUGUGGCUCCAAGAUCCCCCAUUUCCUUUGUGACAACUCCCCCUUGUUCAAACUCUCCUGCUCUGACACCAGCCUGCUUUGGAAAAUAGACUCUGUCUUCUUAUCCUGUGUCGUGCUGGGUUCCUUAUGUUUGACUCUGGCAUUUUACAUCUGCAUCCUCCUCUGUGUUCUGCAUCUUCCAGCAGCCUCUGGGAGGAAAAAAGCUUUGACUACGUGUUCUUCCCAUCUCAUCACCUUAUCCAUUGCCUAUGGGAGCUGCACUGCUCUCUACACGUGUCCUGCAGAAGCUGUUUCCUUGAGCACCAGCAGAAUUGUAGCUCUGCUGAACACAGUCCUGUACCCCCUCUUAAAUCCAUUCAUCUACAGCCUUCGGAACAAAUCUGUGAUCCUGGCCCUGAGCAAAUCCAUUGCCAGGGCAAGAACAAAGCUUUUCCCCUAACCAUGGUGCAUUUCUGGAAAGCCACCCCAAGAAUCUGGUGCCAUCUGUUACAUAACACCAGUGCCUGUG